GAUUGAACGGGUUUUGUUUAAUCCGCCGGACGGGACGUAACACUAUUUUUCUAAUCACACCGGGAUUAUGACAGACGCUGGCUUCUUCAAGGGUACAAGUGCUGAGCAAGAUGCCAGGUUCGCUGAUAAAAAGAAAAAGUUGAUGAAAACUAUGAAAUUCGGAGAAAACUUGGCUCAAAAGGUUGACAUGUCCAAAAUUAAUUUGGAGUCUAUAAGACCAUGGAUUGUUAAACGUAUAACAGAGCUUUUAAACUUUGAGGAUGAGGUCGUCUGUGACUACAUUUUCAACCAACUGGAGGAGCGCGUAAGUUUGCUUACUUUUUUCGUUGUUAACACUGAAUUCAUCAUAGAAGCAACUUUAGUUGUGGUUAAGACUAGAUCAGGGUCUAACUAUUAUCAUGGCUUGCCUCCGUUCGCUGAAUAAUUUUGUCAGAUGACUCUGGGUCAUUAGAAAUAGUUACUUAAAUAAUCAAUGUAGUGUUCGUCUUGAUCAACCUAUCACCUGCGCAGUUCUUUAGUGAAAGGCCUGAGUUUCUCUUAGACAACUACUUUCAGUCCAGGUUUUUUUGUCCAAAAGCCGAAUGUGUAGGCUACUUUACUCAUUAAACACCUACUUACCGGGAGUUUGCUUUCACCAUAGUGUUACUCAUUUCGAAUUUCGUGUGUAAAAGCCACCUACAAACAAGUUGCAAAAAAGCGGUCAGGUAUUUUACUGUUUACUAGACACGUCGUAAUUCUGGGAUACGUCUUUUUAUGAAAUUAGUUAGCUUUGUUACCUGUUGAAGGUCAAACAUGCACUAAUAGUCAUGGUGUGUAUGGUUCCUUCAUAAACGUAAGAACGGAACAGAUGUGCAUCGACCUAGUUUACCAUACCGAAUCAGCGCACUGAUACGAUUAGUGCUUCUUGUAUGUGCAUUCUGAACGAGGGCAGAUAAUCAGUUAUUUAAACUGGAAACAUUGAACUGAGCUGUUAUUUGUCAUGCCUCAUUCUGUUCUUAAGGCAUUAGCAGAUCGGUAAGCUUUCAAUACUGACAUCUUUCUAAGUAGUAAAAGUACGCAUGUGUGGAAGCUGACAUAUUGGUGAUUUGCUGUACGUCGAAACUAAGGGAAAUUUGCAUUAAGUAAAAAGGAUCAAGAACUUUGCAUUCUUUGUACAUUGUUUGUACGUUAUCGUGUUAUUUCCCAAUCAGUUUUCGGUAUUUUGAUUUCCUAUGUGGAUACAGCUUGUAAGGGGUUUACGAUGCUGAGUAUUACAUUUAUACCGAUGUAUGCCAUCAGUCAGUCAGCUACAACGUAGGACCAGGCAUAUAUAUAUAUGCAUCGGUCCAAGUUGCCAUACCGCACAGCAGGAUGAACACCGGAUUCAUAGGAGUAGUUAAGUCAGUGGUGGUAAUAUAUAAAAGAAAGAUUGCAUAUAAGGAUACAGUACAGGAAGAAAGAAUUAGUUCGUAGGAAGUUAUGAGGCGAUUUUAAUCUCACCAUUUUGAUCGAUUCUGAGCCAUGUCACCAAGAGUCUCUAACCAUUGGUUACGAGUCACGCGAACCCCGACCAAGUAAUCUGCAUCUACCAAUAUGGCUCAGAUCAGAAGUUAGUGACUUUAAGCAAUGGUGCCAUGUUUUGGUUUGGCCCCCCCCCCAACUUUCAUUCAACCAUCUCUAACACUAGUCAGAAAUGCGCGUCGUAGUAAUCGGUGUUCAGGCAUGCAUAACACAUGGCCCAACCAUCUCAUUCGAUGAAGAUUCACAACUUCAUCAACUGAUUUACCAUCAUUUCCUAAUACCCUGCUUCUAACCUCACUAUUACUGACCCGGUGAUCCUAGCAGAUGCCAGUAAUAUUUUUAAGGCAUCUCUGGUCAAAUACUAGUAGCUUACGAGUAUCUUCAACUCUUAGUGUCCAUGUUUCGCAACCGUAAAGUAGAACAGAACGGACUGCCGCGCAGUAUACUUGUCCCUUAAUUGAUAAACGGAUAUCUCGCCUUCGCCAUGGAAUUUUAUGUCCAUCGUUUCCAAUUGCUGUUUUUAUUCUACACCCAAAAUUAAAUUCGUGGCUGUCCAGUCGUUUAGAUGCUUAUACCUCCGCAGAAAAUCUGAUUUGAAAGCAGCUAUUCUUGUUACUGGCGCUUAGCAUUUUGUAGUAACUUCACUUUUCCUAACAUCUGAAAUUAGGUUUUUACAUAUUUUAGUCACCCACCACAAGUAUUUUAGCAUGUCAGCUGAAAAAUAGUGCUAUGAAUAGAUUUUAACGUAGUUGGGGUUUAUUGACUUACGAUAUAUAAACCAGUUAAUACUGUAUUAUUCCAUUUUUAAAUUAACUUAUAAUAAUGACCAUUUUUUCCAAUUUUAAAGUUGGUUUCGAUUAAAUUUUCAGGUCUUUUGGGAUGCACAUCGACAAACAAUGGUGGAACUCAGGUCUCCUGCGACGCACUGAGUGCGCUGCCGGUACACAUUUGAGCUUGUCUGAAAAUCUAUUAAUUUAAUAAUUAAUUCUCAUUGUCAGUUAAUUGGGUAUUCGCUUCCCCAACUUAUGUGUUAUUUUCUGUUCCUUCUAGCAUCCAGACCCAAAGGAAAUCCAGAUUAAUAUAACGGGAUUUUUAAACAGCAAAAAUGCGAGGGUGUUUUUGUCAGAACUAUGGGAUUUAUUGUUAUCUGCCAUGCAGACACCGGAUGGCGUUCCUGCAGCUUUUCUGGAGGCCAAGAAAGAAGAGAUCGCAAAGCGUCAGGAGGACGAAAAAUUUGUUCUCGAAAUGAGAAAGAGGGAAAAUGAGCUAAUUCAGAAAGGAACUAAUCGAACGUCUAACAUGAGUUCCGAACAAAUAGAUAAUCAGAAGCGCGUUUCGUCUGUCAAAAGCAAUGGAGUAGCAGAAUCUGAAGAGCCGGAAAGUAUGCACUUUUAUGGUAGUUGUCCAUCUGAAAGUUUUAGUAUCCAUAUGUGAUGAGACAGAAAAAUGUUAUAAUCUAAAGAUUUACAUUAUCGACUGCCAAUCACAUCAUCUCAUAUUUAAAGCUUCCAGUUUGCAAACAACAGGUUACAAUUUCUAUGACCUUGGGGCAUCUACGCUGCUUGAGGAGCUAAAUCUAACCUACAAAAGUGUUUCUAGAAACAGAUACAUGAACAUGUAAACUUUAAGGUUCACUACUUGGUUCUAUCCUUUCAAGUUUCAGAAAAGACUUGAGUGGUUCUAUUGUCAGCAAUUCGUCAGUCAUCAGUUGGGAUUAAUUUAGAGCUCGACUCGAAUGUGCGUUGGCCCAAGUUGGCAUGUUACGUUGGUACGGUGUAAUUAAAUUUACAAGAUAAAUAGCGAAGGAACCAAGGUAUUGUAGUGGCAGACAAUGAGAAUGACUAAGCGUUGAUAAUGCUCAAAGGGACAAUACAUAGGGAAAUACUGGAACUUAAUUCGUAGGGUAAAAUAAAGGAUAAAUGCAUCUACAUUGUAACUGAUUGAGUCACAUCAAGCAACAUCUUUGACCAAUGAAUUGGUUGGUGCACUCAAUUACUUCACUUCAUAUCGUUAGUUAAGGUGUUGAUUUUGUAUACGAAUAUAUAUUUAUUCGGAGCUUUGGUAAGGAAGCAUAGGUGUGAAAAAUGUUAAUGAAAAUGAUCAAAAUUGUCAUGAUUUCUCUCCAUAUGGUAAUCAUUUGGAUCUUAACAACUGCGUAAUGUAAUCAUAACAGUUAAAUUCUUCUUUCCAAUAGUUAGGCCUUUCUUUACGUUUUUUCAAUAAUCCAGAUAUUACGAUAUCUAUCUCAAUACUUUAUACGAUUUUAUCUGGCCAUCAGUUUACGGAUUUAUCUCAGAGCCGAUUGGUUUAUAUCAGAGAAUCUAUCCGACUUCGUCAAAUGAGCUGGUCUACCAAACUUUAUUGAUGGUUUAUAAACCUAUUUGUCGUGCUUUGGAGUUAAUGGUCUUAAUUUAAAUUAGUGAAACAGCUAGAAAUCUAAGUUCAUUUAAAACUUGACACCACACACUGACCGGUAGUAUAUCUUGUUACAUUGCAACAUUAAUUUCAGAAACAACUAAUUAUAUUCUUAGUAUUUUCGACCUAAAAUUGCCAACACGACAUCUAGAUGACAAAAAGACUCACCAGUCUUAUAAAUCAAACAUCUCCAUCUUCAAAUGACAAUCCCCAUUCAAACAUUAAAACACGAACUUUAGCGAAAAGAUCCCUUUUCGACGAAUUUAUUUUCAAGCUGUACAGUCAUAUAUAUACAGCUGGCUGUCACGCAUUACAUGCAUAUCACUAGUACAAAGGUUUUGGCCCUCGCACUUCAUAACACAAAUAGAUAUAUGCCCUCCUUCAGUAAAGGUUGAUGGUCAUCUCUCAGUAUUUGCUGCCAUAUUUUCUAUCAUGUUUUCAAUUCGAAGGAUUAUGCCAGUGAUUUUAUUAAACAUAUGGCAGACAUUUUUUCAGCUUACGUUUUCCCGCAUAUAUACAUAAACCAAACAAGUUGAAACUCAUGCAGUUUAUGUACAUAAGCAUACACAUCGAGCAGCAUGCGAGAAUUUAGUCCCAAAAAGUGAAAUCCAGUUUAUUCGGCUUACAAAAGAGUAGUGGAUUGGUCCGAUCUCAUCGAUCGCCCAAACUAACUAGUAAAGUUUCUCUCACUACCUGACCACCACGUGGAGGCUUUAAGUCGGAUUUAGCUGUCUAGCCACGGGUAAUGCUCAUUUCAUCCUAAAAACACAUGUGACUUUCAAUUAUUUUCCUACCAUGCUUAGUUGAUGCUAUAAAGAUUAAAGUAUACUCAUCAGAAUCAUCGUAUUUAUUUUGCCAGCUUUUACCAAUCGCAACCGUUCUACUUCACGAACAGCAUCACCAGCCCCUCAACCACCUGCAACUACUACAGAAAGUCGUGAGAAACUCGAUGGAGCAACUAGUCGAACUGCUCAUCGAGAUGAAACGAGUUCGUCGCGUUCCCCUGAACAACACCGUCGCCGUCGUCAUCAUCACCACUCUCCUGAGAGAUGUCCGGUCGACACAAGACGCCGUAGAUCACAUUCACGCACUCGUCAUCGUCGUCAGCGUUCCAAAUCUCGCUCCAAGCUGGUGCAAAAGCCGAAAUCACCUGUCACUGACUGGAGAAAAGACUUGAUGGCCGGUAGACGUCGCAGUCCACCGGAAAUGCCUGAAAGUAGUUAUUAUGGAAACGAAAAACGUUCAAAAGGCCAUAAGCAUUCCAAAAAACACGAUAAACAAAGACAUGGUAACAGUCAUUCACACAAAUCUCACAAAAGGUCUCCGUCUCACAACGCAGACUAUUAUCGACCUCGCAAGCAUACUCAUAAUUCUGGAUCCCGACACCAUAACAUAGUCGAAGUUAACGAGAGAGAUCAAAGAUCAGGUUGUUUAGAACAAUCAAGAAAAGAUGGUUUUGCUGAAAACUACAGAAAAUAUGAAGGUCCUGACCUACCUUCUCAUUAUGAUUAUCGUUCGUCUAGUAGAUACAGACAUGAUGCUGAAUCACACGGUCGCAACGCAAGCCCAGAACCAAGCCGCGCGCGCGAUAGAGAAUCUGAUUGGCAUCUCAGAGAUCAUGAUCACCGACAUAGUCACCACUCUAGUCACAUAAAAAGAAGAGAAACCUCAUCUGGACACGAAAAUUUAUCCUUUGAAAGACGCCAGUAUCACCGUUUACCGAGUCCUGAAGGGCCGUCAUUGCCCCCAAAUAUUUCCAAAAGACCUUCAGAUUCUAGGAUAAUCGAAGGUCAGCUAGUUCUUUUUGUCAAUGUUAUGGUGAAUAUAAUACAUUUUGCUCAUUCGUUUUCAAUAUUGUCUAAGUUUUGUCUCAGUUGCAUAUAAAGUUGUUUGUAGUGAAGUUUACUGAUAAUAAAAACCUGCUGUAGAUAAUUCAGUUAACUUCGUAAGGUGAUUUCAGCGUUCCAAGGGCACAUUUACCGUGACAAAUAGUAAUAUGACCAUUAAUAUUACAGCGUGCCUGCAAGUUGUGAUGGGUUGGCUCCAGAGGUCUUCAAGUAUGGUGGUCCAGUUUUAACGAUUAGGUUGACUAAUAUUUUAGCUAAAAUCUGGUAACUAAAUGUAAUCCCAUCUGACUGGUCGCAAUCACUGGUUGUCCCAAUAUAUAAGAAGGGGUCUAAAUCAUCCUGUGAUAACUAUAGGGGGAUUAUUUUGACUAAUAUCAGUCAGUCAACUACAAAGUAGGACCAGGCGCAUAUAUGCAUCGGUUCAAGUUGCCAUACCUCAUUAGCACAACAAGAUGAACACCAAAUUCACAGAAGUAGUUGCUUCAAUAGUAGUGAUAUAUAAAAGAAGGAUUGUGUAUAUGGAUAUGAUACAGGGAGAAAGAAUUAUUUCAUAGAAAAAAAGGUAUGAAGCUAUUCUAAUCUCACUGUUUGAGAGAAGACAAAGACUGUAUUCACCUAUGCCAUUGUGAGCGAUUCUGAGCCAUGUCACCAAGAGUCUCUAACCAUUGGUUACGAGUCACGCGAACCCCGACCAAGUAAUCUGCAUCUACCAAUAUGGCUCAGAUCAGAAGUUAGUGACUUUAAGCAAUGGUGCCAUGUUUUGGUUUGGCCCCCCCCCCCAACUUUCAUUCAACCAUCUCUAACACUAGUCAGAAAUGCGCGUCGUAGUAAUCGGUGUUCAGGCAUGCAUAACACAUGGCCCAACCAUCUCAUUCGAUGAAGAUUCACAACUUCAUCAACUGAUUUACCAUCAUUUCCUAAUACCCUUAGUCUAACCUCACUUCAACCGAUGUAUAUAUGCUCCUGGUUCUACGUUGUAGCUAACUGACUGACUUACAUAAUUAUGGUACUAACUCAAAAGUAAGUGUUGUACAAUCCAGGGAAUGAGCUGUUUAUCAGUAUUCGAUAAAGUGCACUAUUUUACAUAAUAGUAGUUGUAAACGAUUUACCUUCAGGGUAAUAGAAUUUCCUCCUGAGUUUGUUGAAUUUCCUGUGACUGGGAGUAGAGACAAAUAGGUUAAUCGUCCAUUCUGAAUUUUCAUUAUCAGAAUGUGACACUUGUUUGAAAGAUGGGAAGCUCAUUUUAUCCAUAAUAUUAUAUAGAUCCAUCGUUCCGAAUGCGAAAACUAACCAUAUAUCAGAUAAACACACACUACCAAUAUAUCAGAUAUGGAUUUCACUGCAUUGAAGAUGCAUUGGUUCUUCAUUUGUUGUCAGUUUGUGACGAAAAAUUACUUCGGAAGUACAAUUCUCCACGUAAUUUUUAGUUAAAUAUUAAUUGAAUGCUUACUAAUGACUAUCUUUAAAGUUUGAAAGGAUUCAAGUAACAGGACUUACGGAUCAAUGUGGUGUCAUAGUUUAAUAAUUUUAAAGUUGUUUAAUUUUCUUAAAUUAAAGUUGCAAUCUAACUUCCCCAACUUUGUUGUUUGCUUCCAGGAGUCCCCAGUAAGCGUACAAAACGUGAGGCAUCUGCUUCGUCAAGCAGCUCAUCAACCAGCAGCAGCAGCUCUAGUAGUAGUGGUAGUAGUAGUAGUGGAAGCUCCAGUAGCAAUGAAAGCGAAAGCGAAGGAAAUGGAGAAGAAUCUAAAAGGCCACAAAUUAAAAUCCCAAAGAAAGAACUCACCCAUGAAGGUCCUGCUCUCCCUCCAGAGCUGGAGGUAUCUCAACCUGAAGGUCCUGCUCUUCCUCCGGAUGUUGAACUCGCCGUAGAGUGGUCGGAAAACCCAGCCCAUUCUGGAUCUACAUCCCCAAGUUCGACAACUUCAGGAUCUUCUACUGGUGGCGAACACAGUGAGGAAUCGGGAUCAAGUUCAAGUGAUAGUGACAGUGGCAGCAGUAGUAGUAGUGGUACCGGUAGUAGCAGUAGCAGUGAAAGUGAUAAUGAAGCCAACACGAAACCUCAUAAAUCUGAAAGAAACGGUAAACACCCUAAAAGUCUUGGAAAUCAUAUGUCUCCUGAAGGUCCUGCUUUACCUCCUACCUCUAGCUCUAAUUCACAUAAGGUAUAUGCUCCUCCUGCAUAGUUGUUGCAUUUUCUGUUAUCAUUAUUACUAUUCCUUAUUUUUCAAAAAUUUGUUUCAUAACGGGUUUACUUGAAGGCUGAUAUGUAUUUUCAAAAUCUUCCGUUUCAGAAUGUUGAUAACAUCUACACUUUUGUAGCACAUGCACGUUGUGUAGUGCGAAAACUCUCCUAUCAUUAAUGUAGUUUGGUUAAAAAUUGAAUAAAAACACUUUCAUAUUGAUCCUUUACUGGUUCAUCGAGGGUUUUAUUAUUGUAUCAGUUUAUCUCCGAUAGUGAUCUGAAUCCUGCUUUUUUGGUGUCUGGCAUUGUGAAGAAACAAUUAAGCAUUAAGUCACUGUUGAAUACUCUCAUGAGUGAGUGGGAUCACAUGAAAGAAUUGUACGUGGUUGUUAUGCUUUACGUUUUCUCUAAGUCCUAGUAUUUAUAAUCAGAACUUGUGACAUCUGUAGAAGCUUGACCUGUUCUUACAGUAAUCCUGGGAACCUGAAAUAUUUAUGGAAAUUCGGAUCUCUACUUGUUCAUGUUGACAUAGUUCUAGGACUUCUUUUAAAACUAUAGAGUCAUCUAACUGUUAUUAAAUCAUAGGUUAAUUGUUCAUCCUAGUUGUUUAAUACAGACGUUCUUGUAAUCCAUUGCUUGAAUUAUAGCCCUACUGACUAUCCUUUCAGGACAAAUUGAUCUAGUACGUAUAUGCAAUUGGUGUCUGUUACGUAUAUUUAGUUUAGGCCUUUUGCCCCAGCGUCAUUGCAAAAAGUUAGUCAAAGUAAGAAUAACAAGACUCGCAGAAUAAAAUGAAUUUAUUUUAUAUCAGCUGCCAGGAGGCUUUAAUAUUAAUCGAAUUUCAUGCUUUCUGCUUUCUUACACUUUACCAGUCGGACAAGUUGUAUAGAUUUGGAAUGUCGUUGACAUUCUUUGUCCACUCAGUCAUAACGUAGCGCUUUCAAGAAGUUUGCGUCAACACAAGUGCCCACAUCAAAUUAGGAUAAUUAGAUAAAAAUAAAAAUAUGGACAGCUGAAUGUAAUAAUAAUAUUAUCAGUGAUUGUAGAAGACUAAGCAAAGAAAAUGACUCACGAAGAAAGAAUUGGUUCACGGAGUAAAAUUUUCCAUAAUAUUGAAACUCAUAAUCUAGUAUUUGUAGGAAAGGAAUGCAUGCGAUUGCUCUCCUUACCUGAUCUUAGCUUUCUUCCAACCAAGACUACAUGUUGGAGUAGACGUAACGCGUGUCAGCUAAAUCUGUCAGUGAAGAUUCACUGCUUCAUAUAUCGACUGGGCCAAUAAAAUACUCCUAACCUCAGCAUUAGUCACUCGGUUCUACUGUAUGCAAUCAUUGCUUGAGACAUCUUAUAGGUAAUGUACGUCUCCCAUUUUCACAGACCAUGUUUCACAGCAAUACAGAGCGGACAUCCUCACAUCGCAAGUAACCUCAAAUAGCAAAAGUCACACGAGUUUUCUGAAUCCAUGUAGAGAUUUCAUCAUGCACAAAACCACCAGAGUCAAUGAGACCAAGAUAUGUGGAUUGGUUGGCGCACCCAACUACUUUACUCUCUAUCAUUAGUUCAGGUUGACACAAACCGGUUAUAGAGCAACGCUUUGAAUUAAGGAGGGGAGGAAUGUAUCUCGUACGAGCUUAAAUUGUUUCUAAAGCCAUUUAAAAGACUGCAGUCUUAGUGUCUUCACUAAACAGGGGUAUGUCUUCUACGUACUCCAGGUAGGUGAAUGAGUUUACAGAAGAGUGUGAUUCUUAGGAUGAUAUCUAUGACAAAAACGGAGAUAAUGGACUCCCGUAACGAAGAUCACCUAAAGUUGACGAUUCCAACAAUAGUUGAACGUGAACGUUGAUUCGAUCAAUAUUACCCGUAUAAAGGGCUUUUACAAAUUUUGUAUACUUUAGCACACCUUUUAACGACGAACCUAGUGGUCUGGCACUCUGAUUUGUUUUAAGGAAGUUUUCAAGGCUCUUCGUAACCUUUUAAACUCCUUACUUACGCUAAAAUUCGUAUUUUAGACUACUUUAAGCAUUGAUAAAAAUACAACCAACUUAAGCAUUCUUCAUAUUCCUAUCUUCGAGGUAAACAUAAGGAAACUUGUCAGCUGUCUACUUUCUGAUACUUACAAAAGAUAGGUUUAUCUGUAUAAGUGUCAAUUCAUGAUCCAUUUACUAGUUUGGAGAUUAUCUAAGACCUGAAUAAGGAUAACACUUGUUUUGUAGUGACCAUCUAUAUUCUAUUUUGUGAAAGUUAAUUUUUUUAUUUUUUUGUGUAGAGGAUUGACCCCCAUGAAUCAGUUGAAGAGGUUUUACGUCGACGGGCUUUGGAGUCUUUACUUCGGAGCUCACAAAAACUCCGCGGUUCUCCUUAGAUGGAAUGAGUCGAUUUCCAUUGAUUUGUGGAUUAAAUUUUACAAUAUUUUCCUCUUUUGCAUUAUUUGAGACAACACAUACUUUUGCCGGUUUAAAUAAAUAGGAAAUAAAUGUAAACAAAAGCUGGGUCAUUUUCCUAAAAAUUCUUCAAUAUGAUCAGAUAUCUUCAUAAUAAACCAGUGUAUUGUCAGUUGUCGAAUUUCCUUUAACCCCCUUUUGUAUAGACACUCCGAAAAUUCAUAAAUUAUGUUUUGUUGAAAUGAAUGCUAAAUUGUAUUUUUUUGAAGAAUUGCAUGUCUUAAUUAUACUGGGUUUUAUAAUAUGCAAUGUUUAUAUAACUAAACAAAUUGAAAAUAUACUCUUUCAUGAUCAGCGUUAAAUAUCUGUAUUGUAAGCAUGGUAGCAAACAAAGUUAUUUGCCAUUUUCUCUCUUCUUAAUCCAUUUGAAAUUUAUCGAGAAAGCAUAUUUAACCGAUGUUCUACUUAAAAAGUGAGAUUUUUUGCAUUAAGAAAAUAUGUUUCAGUAGUUUAUAUUAUUUCAGCUAUAUUAAGUAAAACGAUCAAUUUCGAAAUAACUGUUGAUUUAGGAGGCUAAAUAGCUCCCUUAAAAUUUGUGAAGAACAGUUGCUUCAUAUGUGAAACCGUCUCACUCACUUCUGUUUGAGCAUUCAAAUAGUAUCACUAAUCCUCAAAACUAAAUACACAAAUUUGUACUUGGUACAGAUCUCUGAAAUCGAAAUGUGGGUGUUCAAAAUAUACAUAAUGUUUGGUAAGCGUGACUUCUAAGGUUUCACCUUUUAUCACCGUAUAAAUAUUUAUUUGGUGUUCCAUACCUACUUCUCUAGGAUACGACAGUACAAACCAAAAUAUCAGAGAACGUUAAUUUUUGGAGUAGGGUCUAAUUAACUUAAACUUUUGUAAUGUAAGUCGUUGAAUUCAGGUUUAAGUAGUGGACUUUAGGGCACGGCUCUUGUGUGAUGGCUCGUUACGCUAACCGAUUGUCAAAACUGAAGGCUGAGCGGGGCUCAAACCUGCUUUAACUACUUUCUCGUUACAUUAUGAUUAGUUCAGUAAAUACGGAUAAUAGCCUAGUAAUAUACAAAUAAACUUUUCUCCAUGCCAGUCACAAACCCGAUUACAAUAUCUUCCGUCAGUAUUUGUUCUGAAAGCCUUAGAUUUAAGGACCAGUUUGAGAAGCCUUUAUUGUGCUAUACUUUUCCUCGUUGAGUUAACCAGCACUGAGAUAAUUUGAUCCUCAGCUGAUUAAAAUAAAAUACACAAAUAAGAUGGUUCUUGGUUCGUAAAAGCCAUUGGCUAGCUUGAUACGUUUUUCGAAACCAGCUCGUGAUGUCAUUAGGAACGGUUUUAUCAGCGAACAGAAUGAGUCGUAGUGUAAGAGCGGUAACAAGUGUGUAUCGGUCCAGCUUGCUAUAACCCGCACUGCCAUUGCAUUUGAAGGGAUUAUUAAAGCCCAAGGUGAGAGAAAUUAAUUCCAAUCGUAAGGCAGAUCGAAACAUUAGUAGUACCAUCGAUAAAGGAUUAGUGAGGUCGAACCAAAUAGGAAGUCUGCACCAUUCAACAUGGCUUAUCUCAGUCUGAUAACCACAAUUGUUUAACGCUGUUCUACAGUCCUCUGGGAAUGCUUAUAAGUAUUAAUCCUAGAAUACGUAUUAAUCAUAUUGCUUCGAAAUCGCUACUCAUCAUCUAGUUCAUUGGAAUCACAGGUAUGAAUUCAAGUUCACACAUUCUCAAGUUUCUGUGUAAUGCUGAACAAGAGAUUAAUAAUUAAGAUGUAAUAAUAACACUAUUUAUAGAAUUGUAUAAAUAACAUAGGCUUUUAUUAAUAUAUUGAUUUAUUCUUUUUGUAAACUAUUGUUCAAGUGUCUUUUGUCUAGUGAGAGCACAUUAGAAAACAAGACAUGUCAAUAAUGUCCUUGUUCUUUCUCUCAUACAAAUACAUUAAUCAAUAAUUAUACUUAAUUAGAGUAAUUCACAGAUGGAAAAUAAGAUAUUAAUUGGUUUUGUAAUAAUGUGUUUUUCAUUAAAAUCAACAUGUUUAAUUUGAUAACAUUUUUUCAUUGCAUGUUUUAUAUGUCUGUGUAUUCAAAGUGUAUUUAUUCCGAUAAUUUUAUGCAUGUAACGUGGAUUAUAAGAAGUCGUUCAGAUUUAGCUUUUAACAGUAAAUGACCAUUCUGUUUAGCACCAUGUUUGAAAGUACUCGACAAUAAAACUGCUUGACAGUUAAAUCCACGUUUUCAAAGCUCAAAACACCAAAAGGACAGAUAAAUGACCAUAUGUUUGUUUAUGAUUCAGACUCAAUCCAUAUGAUUACGUAGAUAAAAUACAUAAAUGGUUCACAUCACUUUCUAAAUCUCAAUAAAUAAAGACAUUUGUUAAUAUAAAACUGAGUAUGGUUAAUUGACUGUUAUUUAUGAACUAUUUUUAAAUUUAAAUUAACGAGGCUUCUGUAAACAAACUAUUGCUGAGCAUCUGUGUUGAAACCGAGUGACUGACGUUUAAAGGUUCACUGAAUUCGUGCUAUAUGGUGACUACCAUUUACAGCUACCAGAAAGUAUUUGUUUCCAUCAUAAAUUUGGUUGAAAUCAAGGUACCUUACUAGAAAUCAUAGAAGGGUAGUUUAGUUGUUUGUAUUGGCCACUAGAGCAAUAACAGGGAUAAAUAUUUUUUGAGCUAUACCAUAAGUUGUUGAAAUAUGAAGCGUUCUAACCACCACAUACUCAUAUCAUGACUCAAAAGGUUACUGGUUAAGUAUAAAAUUUGAAAAUUGCUUUCUUAACAUCUACUUUGAUGGAGCUGGUUUUAAAAUGCCUAGUUUCUAAUUCGAAAUCGGAAGUUAAACAAGUUAUCCGGUUAAUUUAUCGUUAGGAAAUGAUUCACGUGUUAUUCAUUCACAUCGACAUAAAAAUUGCUGAGGAGUCCCAUACUAGGACGAAGCGGCCGUUCAGUACUUCCAGGUUUUCCAUGGUGGUCUAGCUUCAAUUGACUCAUGAUUUCAACAAGUGAAAUUUCUAAAAAUCUCCACAAAACCCAUUCUGAUAAUAAAAGUUUAUAUCAAACUGUAUCAAAACAGUAUGUUAAAACUACCAUUAAAAUUCUCCUAUAAUCAAAAACAAAGUUUUCUGGAGAGUUUGGAUUCCAGCGAUCAAUGCUUCCAAUGACAAAUUUUUUAAUACAGUAACAAAGAUUGUUUCUUAAAGUUACACGUGCGGCAAUGGACUAGUAAUUACAACAUUAGCUUCCAAUCCACGUCGUAAUUCUGAAUCCUCCUUCAUCUGUUUCUAUUUGGAGACUCGGGUAUCAAUAUUAGCCUUCAAAGUAUAGUAUAGAGACCUUCAAUAGAUAACUGAGUUGCACUGAAUUAAAACUUUACAAAAUUUAUUCAGAAUCGAGACAAAUAUACACGUCCUUUUGAGUUUUUGGAUUCAAUACACUCAAGUGUAUCUGAAAAGAGGACAGUUCUGUUACAUGUUGUUUCUUUCUUCCUCUUAUAUGUGUAAAGCACUUCUUAUUUAAUUACAUUACAGUUAGCAAAAUCAAUAUUUUAAACAAUCUUACGGUGCGCUU